GUUAACCUUUUCAUCAGUAUGGGUGAAGUGCAUGGUAGAAUUGAUCUGAAAGUCGCAUCAGAAUUUGUUUGCCGCAUGUACGGACAAAGCAAGACUCAAGAUGUCAAUGAAGCUCGAUACAACAAAUUAAUCAAGAUGAAUGGCAAAGUUGAUCAGGAGAAUCCACUGGCAAACAUUAAACGGAUAGACUGUGCUUUGCUGCCACCAUCUAGUCGGACCCUUGAGAUGAAAAUUCGACGUACACAGUAUAUAACAGUAUUGUGGACACGUGCAGUAACAUCAUCUCCAAGUGACAGUUUGUCACCAACUGACUAUGGAUGGUCUGUGAAUGAAAACCUUUUGAAGCCAAUUUGGUUUGAAGGGCCAGCCAUACCCGACAGUCUAUUUACGAAUCAUAGUAACAACAGAGAUGACACAGAGUUGAGAGAUGAUAGCGAUUAUGAAGAACAAGCAGAAACAGACAGCGAUUCAGAUGGUGAAGCAUGGAGUGAAGACUCUGAAUCAGAAGAGGAAGAUGGGGAUUAACUGUGUAGCAGUUGUGUAAUGGGGAGUGAAGAGGAUGUACAUGAAAAUUAAUAAAGAUUCUGCGCAAUGCAGGAUUUAGCAAUUGACA